UCAGAGCGGCGGCGGCAGGAGGGAGCGGCACCGACGGCGGCGGAGACACGGACGGUGGAUGACGACAGACAGUCAGGAUGCGUGAAUACAAACUGGUUGUUUUAGGAUCAGGAGGCGUCGGCAAGUCAGCUCUGACUGUCCAGUUCGUUCAGGGAAUCUUUGUGGAGAAAUACGACCCGACGAUAGAGGACUCCUACAGGAAGCAAGUGGAGGUCGAUGGACAGCAGUGUAUGCUGGAGAUCCUGGACACGGCAGGAACAGAGCAGUUCACGGCGAUGAGGGACCUGUACAUGAAGAACGGCCAAGGCUUCGCUCUGGUCUACUCCAUCACCGCUCAGUCCACCUUCAACGACCUGCAGGACCUCAGAGAGCAGAUCCUCAGAGUGAAGGACACCGAGGACGUUCCCAUGAUCCUGGUUGGAAACAAGUGCGACCUGGAGGUGGAGCGCGUGGUGGCCAAGGAGUCGGGCAUCGGCCUCGCCCGCCAGUGGAACUCCUGCGCCUUCCUGGAGACCUCGGCCAAGAGCAAGAUUAACGUCAACGAGAUCUUCUACGACCUCGUCCGACAGAUCAACAGGAAGAGUCCAGCUCCGGGGAAAACUCGCAAAAAGUCCACCUGCCAGCUGCUCUAAUGACAGCGCUCCGCUCACUCGACCAACCAACAACCAACAACCAACCAAUCACAGGACAUCUUCCAGCUGGCCACGCCCCCUUUAACACAGCCAUGUCAUCAUCAACAUCAGCCACCUCUGACCUCUGUUACCAUGACGACCACAUCCCCCUCCCCAUCCCCUCAACACACUGUCUACUGGAGACUGUUGCCUUGGAAACAUUAAAACCAAACAUCAAAAGACUGCGAUGGCGGCGGCGACGACGAUGAUGAUGAUGAUGAUGAUGAUGAUGAUGAUGAUGGUGGAGCUUCUGCUGUCUGCAGGAAUGUGGGGUUCCUCCAAACAGCUGCCCAGAUUUAAACCGCGGUUCCCAUCAUGCUCUCUGCUAGGCCGUUCUGCGCUGGGGAGUGGCUUCUUGCUUCUUUGAUUUUAAGUGUCUCUUUCCUUUUCUCCUGCUUUCGUUUCACUUGUUUUCCGGCGGCGCCGAGCCACGGACGCCCGGCUCGACCGUGUUGUUGCCGCGGCGACGGCGCGGCGAACACGAGCGACUCCGAGCGUCCGUGGCUCCGGUCGAACCUGUGGAUCCAUACAGUGAAUAUUAUUAUUAUUAUUAUUACAGUGGUUCUGAUUAUAAUUCUGUGUGAAAAGAUAUAAAAGUCAUUUAAUGUU